AUGACCGCUGACUCUCAGGUAAAUGGCGCGGUCCCGCCUUCUCCCUCGUCGCGCCCGAGACCCAAGCACAUAAUCAUUAUUGGUGGCUCGCUGGGUGGCCUCUUCACCGGCGUCGCCUUGAAACAACAUGGCUACGACACUACCAUUCUCGAGCGCAACCCGACGAAUCUGCUCGAGAACCAGGGUGCCGGCAUCGUUGCGGGUGGAGAUACCUUAGCCUUCUUCGAGCGCUACGACCGCUGCAAACGUCCAGUCGCCGUGGCAUCGGAGAAGAGAAUGUAUCUGGACAAGUCAGGGACGGUGGUACAUGAGGAGGUGAUGAAGCAGACAAUGACAAGCUGGGAUCUUUGUUAUUACAUGCUUCGGGCCAACUACGAUCACCAGGAAAGCGGGUACUGCGAUACCCCUGGUCCACAACCAGGCGAUGGAAACAUCGACUACCGGUACGGCUGCACGGUGAGAGAUUUUCGGGAGGAAGGAGACAAGGUAAGAGUAUACUACGACAAGGGCGACGGUGGAAGCGAUAGCGUGGUAGGCGAUAUGCUAGUCGGCGCUGAUGGGCCGAGUUCGACUAUCCGAAAGAUUCUCUUCCCCGAUAUUCAGCGGAAGUACGCCGGCUAUUGUGUCAUUCGAGGCACCGUCCCUGAAGAUGAAGCCUCUGAAGAGGCCAAGGCUGCUUUUGUAGAAAGAUUCACGUUCUUCCACGCACCAGGUAUUCAAAACCUGACGUACACCAUCCCCGGGACAAACGGAAACAUGAAGAAGGGUAAGCGACUAUUGAACUUUGUUUGGUACACGAAUUUCCCUGAAGACGAGAACGAGCUAGAAGAAGUCAUGACGGACAAAGAUGGAAGACGACGGAGAAUCACCAUACCGCCAGGCCAGAUGAGAGAUGAGGCUUGGGAAAUGGUCAAGAAAAGAGGCCGAGAUCGCCUGCCGCCUCAAAUGUCUGAAAUGGUCGAGAAGACACGCCAACCGUUCGUCCAGUGCAUUACGGAUGUCAUCACACCGCAGAACUCCUUCAUGAACGGCAAGGUGGUCCUUGUAGGCGAUGCACUCGCUGGAUUCAGACCACACACGGUAGCAUCGACUAGUCAGGCAGCCUUUGACGUGUUGAUGCUCGUCGAAUACCUCCAGACAGGGGAUCAUGCCGAGUUCGUUAGACGGACAAUGGAGUAUGCGAGGCUGAUCCAGUACAGGGGGGUGUACAUAGGCAACAGGAGCCAGUUCGAGUCUUUGCCGUUGAAAGACUAUGUUGAAGAUCGGAAUAUGAUGUCGAUCAAGCGAGAAGACCUGGAAUUUCCUGAAUGGUCCCAAGUGCGGGUAUGA